UUUUACGGUAAUCGUCACAGUGACGGUAGCGGAAGUACAAUUUUGUGGUGGGAUAGCUACCGAUACUGAGACAGCUUUGUUUUUCCUCAAACAGGCAGUGAAUAGUUUUACUCGAUUUAUUACAUAUAGGAGAAUCCUGAAAGGGAGACUAGUCAGCCUGUUUGUGCUCGAGUGUCACUAACGCACAAGACAUGCAUGAGAAUGACUUUCAAACUCAGCUCGCCGCCGUUAUGGAGAUUUUGGUUAAAGCCGCGAUGCGCGAGACCACCAAACUUUACGAAACGGGCGUGCUGCAGCUGAGGAUCGAAAUGGCCCAAAUCAAACAGGAAAACGAAUCGCUCAAGUCACGGUUGCGGUUUUCUGAACUUAUGUGGAGACACAAGGAACGACAAGAAGAAAGACAAGGUGAUACGGUGGACGACCCGAACCAAAAAUGUCCGCGAACUGAGGCGGACUCCGGCCCAGAGGAGUGCCGCAGAGGCGCCCGGCUGUGUUCGGACCCCCCCGGUCCGCAGAACGGCGAUGAAGAGGAGGAGGAAGAGGGAAUGACGAUGUUGAACCCCUCCUCCGCUCUCAAGGAAGAAAGUCCUGAAAUGGAGUUUGUUCUCAUCAAACAGGAGGACUCUGACAUUGAGGAGUGUUUCCAUGAGGCCCCCCCGAUCCAACAGAAAAGAGGAGCUGUGCUGUCUGGCUGUCUGGCUCCUGUUGCCGUGGCGCCCGCUGAAGGCCAGCGGACAGGCCCAGAACCGGACCGGCCCAAACCGGGGCUCAGGGGACAGGGGUCCUGUGGCAAGCCGGCACCGGGGCGGAAGCGGAGUCCCCUGCCGAAUAGAGGAGGGUCCCUCCAAGGGGAGACCGGCGGGGGGGCCAACAUUUUGUCAUCACCGUGGGAAACGAGGCAGGACCCUGCGGAGGCUUGGCCUGCCGCUCCUGAGCAGCAGGGGGUGGGUUACGCCCCUCUCCCGCCCCUCCCCCAGCCCCUCCCCCUUUCCCGAUACGGCAGCAGCUACCUCACCGAAUUUGCCCGGGGCGACCAGGGGGCCCAACUGCACGACAGCGUCAGCGCGACCCAGCGGGAUGGCUGCUCAGGUGAUGGGGCAGAACAGGAAGGGGCGGGGUAUGAACAGGAAGGGGCGGGGCACAUAGUCUCACAUCAGCUCCUGCACGGGUGGAGCUGCGUGCCUGGGGAGCCGGUGCGUGCGUUGCCCAGUGACAGCCGCCAGGGGCAGCAGGAAGUUUCGACGUUCCAGUGCGGCCAGUGUGGGCGGGUCCUGAGCUCGGCCGUGGCGCUGGAGGCCCACCGGAGCGUCCACACGGGCGAGAGGCCGUACCCCUGCCCCCAGUGCGCCAAAGCCUUCCCCAGCCUGCGCGGGCUGACCCGCCACAGCCACGUCCACUCCUCCGAGAGGCCGCACCGCUGCCCCCAGUGCGCCAAGACCUUCGUCUACCAGUUCAGCCUGACCAAGCACCAGCAGCUGCACUCGGGCGAGCGCGCGCACGCCUGCCCCCAGUGCGGCAAGGCCUUCGUCUUCAAGUCGGACCUGAGCGUCCACGCGCGCUCCCACUCCGGAGAGACGCCGUACCGCUGCAGCCUCUGCGCCAAGGAGUUCCGCCACCGGAGGGCGCUCACCAUGCACCUGCAGGGCCACACGGGCGAGCGGCGCCACCACUGCCCCUACUGCCCCAAGAGCUUCCUGGACCUGGGCAACUUCAAGCGGCACAAGCGCAUCCACACCGGGGAGAAGCCGUAUGGCUGCCAGCUCUGCGGCAAGAACUUCACGCAGUCGGCCCACCUGAAGAAGCACUUCCUCACUCACAAGUGACCGGCUGGGCUGGGCUGGGCUGGGCUGGGCUGGG